AUGGUUACUGCCUUCGCAACCUCCGACGAGCUCGUCACCCCGUGUACCUACUACACGCUCACGUGGGGAGACGCCGCAGCGGCGCCCAAGAAACCAGCGGACGACGACGAUUUCGAUCUGUUUGGUGAGGAAAGCCCGGAAGACAAGGAAGCCGUGAAAAAGCUUGCAGAGUCGAAGAAGAAAGAGGCGGCGGGGAAGAAGAAGGUCGUGGUGAACAAGUCUAUGUUGGUGAUUGAGGUGAAACCCGCAGAUGCAGACACAGACUUGGAUGAUGUAUGCAAGAGGGUCAAGGCGAUUCAGAUGGAGGGCGUUACUUGGGGUGAGGGUAUGAAGAAAGUUCCGGUUGCCUUCGGCCUCUUCAAACUCCAGGUUCAGUGCGUCAUUCUGGAUGAUGUUGUCAACACCAACGCUUUGGUUGACGAAAUUGAGGAGAUUGGCAUGACAGAGGAAGAGAAGCAGAAGCGCCGUCAAAAAGAAGAUGCCGACGAUGAGGACGAGGACGACGAGGAGGAAACGAGUGGCCUCGUUCAGUCUGCCGAGAUUGUCUCUUUCAACAAGCUUUAA